AUGGCGUUAACUGUGAGGAUGUCGUCAGUAAAAGUUGCGGUUCGUGUCCGACCCUUCAAUAAUAGGGAAUACAGUUAUAACUGCAAAAACAUAAUCUCAAUGACCGGCCAAACGACAACAAUAUCUAACCCAAAAAUAACGGACACUUACAAGACAUUUACAUUUGAUUACUCGUAUUGGUCUCACGAUUCUUCUGAUCCCAAUUACGCGGACCAAGAAGUGGUCUAUCGAGACAUCGGAGAAGAGAUGUUAGUACACGCCUUCGAGGGCUACAAUGUGUGUAUCUUCGCAUACGGCCAGACCGGUGGC